AUGGCAAAAAGACCGGGGUCCGUCUCGCAACACAGGUAUUCAUUUCGCGAAUGGAUGCUAACCCACCAAAUCGGCCUCUCCCUAACACUCAUCGCCACGCUUCUCUCCAUCCACAGCCUAUAUCCCUCUCUACAACCGUAUACCGCCCCAUUCUUCCAACUGUCCUACUACAAUGCCGUACAGAACACCUACCGUCCCGGAGGGAAGGACAUCUCGCUGGUCGUCAGCGCCGCUCUCGUCCUAACCGCCGUGCGUGCCGUCGCCAUCGAAUGGAUCCUGCAACCUCUGGCUCGACGGGUCGGAUUGAAAACGAAAGCGGCUCUCCGAGUAGCGGAACAGGGAUGGGCAUGUAUUUAUUAUAUGAUAUUUUGGCCGUGUGGGAUGUACCUCUGGUCCUCCUCCAGCUACUGGGCCGACUACUCCACGUUAUGGACUGACUGGCCCGCACGAGAUAUGUCUGGCCGCAUGAAACUGUAUCUCCUCGUGCAGCUGGGUCUCUGGAUCCAGCAGAUCCUGGUGAUUCAUAUCGAACAGCGACGAAAAGAUCAUUACCAGAUGCUGAUCCAUCAUUUGAUCACCUGUGCCCUGUUGGGUUCUGCUUAUACAUAUGGGUUUUAUAACGUCUCGAAUGUGGUGCUUUGUUUGAUGGAUAUUAUUGAUUUACUUCUUCCGGCGGCAAAAGUCCUCAAAUACCUCCACUUCGAAAAAUCAUGCACCCUUGCGUUUGGAACCAUGUUACUCGUAUGGCUCGUCACCCGCCAUAUCUUCUUCCCGCAACUCUGCUGGUCCAUCUACAAGGACGUCCCCACGCACAUGCCGUAUGCGUGCUACUCCGGAGCCACGGGGGAGAUCCUCCUCGGGUAUCCGGAGGGAUAUCCCUCAUCUAGGGACACAUGGGCUACAUACCUGCUGUAUCUGUAUCCUUUUCAGGAUCUGGAUGGUCCCAUCUGCAUGAAUGCCAGUAUCAAGUGGGCAUUUAUUGCGUCAUUGGUUGCCUUGCAGGCGUUGUCGCUCGUGUGGUUUGGUAUGGUGGUUAGGGUUGCUAUGAGGGUUCUCCGGACUGGAGUCGCGGAGGAUACGCGCAGUGAUGAUGAGGAGAGUAGGAGCCAUGGUGCCGGGGCUACGGGAUUCGAUCCCAGUGUGGUACGACGUGUGCGCGAUCCUAAGGCGCUUCUGGGGAGGAUCGGCUGCGAGAAACCAACCUCUUAG